AUGAAAAGGAUGGGUUUUGGGGGAAGAUGGAUGGGAUGGAUUGAGUUAUUGGUUUUUAAUAGUAAGAUGUCGGUUCUUGUUAAUGGUAGUUCUACCAAAGAAUUCGAAGUGUUCCGAGAGUUGAGACAAAGUGACCCCCUCUCACCUUUUCUUUAUGUUUUAGAGGCGGAAGGUCUUUCGGGGUUAGUGAGGAAAUCCGUUGAAGUUGGGGAUUUAGCCAUAAAAGGUUCUUGUUGGGUGGAAAAUCUUCAAUUUGCAUAUGAUACUUUACUUGUGGGAGAAGGGACGUGGAAGCAUGUUUGGGCGAUUAAGGCGGUGAUUCGGGCAUUUGAAAUUGUGUCGGGCCUUGGAAUUAAUUGUCAUAAAAGUAAAUUGAUAGGUAUUAAUUCAAGGGGUCCGUUUUUGGAAGCCGCACCAGUUCUUGAAGGAUACGACUUGGAAUCCUCUAUUGGUGAAAAUGAAGAAUCGGUUGGGGGUUGUAAAAAUCGCUUCCUCAAUUUGGGAGGUAGGAUUACUCUAUUGAAGUCUAUUAUUUCUUCUUUGACCAUAUUCACUAUGUCUUUUUUACAAAAUGCCAAAGAAGGAGGUGAAAGAGUUUAA